GCACAUGCAUAUGAUAGGAAAUAAGGCAUAGAGAGGGCAAAAAAGAGGCUGAAGCUACAAAUAGCAAAAGGAGGAGAGAGGGUUUUGGUGGCUUUGGAGUGAACUGAAUCAAAUCCAAGCCGUUGAAUCUUCUGUUAUGUCUGGAUCAGACGGUUAAAAAAGUGAUUUGAAUCUUUCAGACGCCGGCGAGGUGUGUGUUGUUUUUGUUCUGGUUGCCGGAAAAAGGUAACACAGAGGUGCAAUCUUCAGAUCUGGCCUUCCGAUCGUUGUGCACUGUCUUAUCCACAUUGUGAGAUGGCUGUUGUAGUGUAAUAUUUGAGAUUCUUGCUCUUUUGCUGUUCUGUAUUUGACGCGGUAGUGAUAUUUGCUGUUGCCUGUGGCAUCAUCUGGGUUGGUUCUGGUUUCUCUUUGCUUAUUGAUGAUUAUUUCCAAAUUGAGUCAUUUCCUGGUUUGUCACAAUCGGCUUUUGAGUUUGGCGUUCAAUUGAGAGUGCGUGGAAGGCUCUCUUCUGCCGCCAUCUCUGUUGCCGAUUGUGACUGCCAACUGUGUUUCUCGGCCUUUUAUGUCUCGUAACGCGGAUAGUCCUGUUCAAACCCAGAUGGCUGUGGCAAUCUUCAAGAGCCCACUUGGUGGGGAGUACCAUGGAAAGAGUAGGACGGAAGGGAAACCGGCUGGAAGGAGACGUGUUUUUGUGCAAACUGAAACUGGUUGUGUACUGGGGAUGGAGUUAGACCGCAGUGACAAUGCACAUACUGUGAAGAGAAGAUUGCAGCUUGCACUUAACUAUCCAAUUGAGGAGAGUUCUUUGACAUUUGGCGAUAGGGUGCUGAAGAAUGACCUAAGUGCUGUCCGAAAUGAUUCCCCUCUGCUGCUGACGAGGAACUUUAUGCAUAGAAGUUCAUCAACUCCAUGCCUUUCACCCACUGGGAGGGAUAUACAACCAAGAGAUCAAAGUGGUCCCAUUGAAAUACUGGGUAACGCUGGUCGCUUUGCCAAGACAAAGCAAAUUAUCAAAGAAAUUGUGAAGGCAAUAAAGGCUGGUGUUGAUCCACUCCCUGUUCAUAGUGGACUUGGAGGGGCGUAUUAUUUUAGAAAUAGCAGAGGUGAGAGUGUUGCUAUUGUCAAGCCCACAGAUGAAGAACCAUUUGCGCCAAACAAUCCGAAAGGAUUUGUUGGCAAAGCUCUUGGGCAGCCAGGCUUAAAACGAUCAGUCAGAGUUGGGGAAACAGGGUUUAGGGAGGUGGCUGCAUAUCUUCUUGACUAUGAUCAUUUUGCCAAUGUGCCAGCUACUGCAUUGGUGAAAAUUACUCACUCAGUCUUCAAUGUCAAUGAUGGUGUAACUGGAGACAAGCCUCAUAGCAAGAAGCAGCUUGUUAGCAAGAUUGCGUCUUUUCAACAGUUCAUUCCCCAUGAUUUUGAUGCCAGUGACCAUGGAACCUCAAACUUCCCUGUUGCUGCAGUGCAUCGGAUUGGGAUAUUAGACAUUAGGAUUUUUAACACAGAUAGACAUGCAGGAAAUCUUUUAGUUAGGAAGCUUGAUGGUAUUGGAAGGUUUGGUCAAGUAGAUCUCAUCCCCAUUGAUCAUGGUCUCUGUCUACCAGAGAGCUUAGAAGAUCCGUAUUUUGAAUGGAUCCAUUGGCCCCAGGCAUCUAUUCCAUUCACAGAGGAUGAACUUGAGUACAUACAGAAACUUGAUCCUAUUCGGGACUGUGAGAUGCUACGAAGUGAGCUCCCUAUGAUUCGUGAAGCUUGCCUUCGUGUCUUGGUCCUUUCCACCAUUUUUCUCAAGGAAGCCGCUGCUUAUGGUCUCUGCCUUGCUGAAAUUGGAGAGAUGAUGAGCAGGGAAUUCCGUAGUGGGGAGGAGGAACCAAGUGAGCUUGAAGUUGUUUGCUUGGAGGCAAGAAGGCUGAUUGCUGAGAGGGAGAUUCUUUCGCCAAAGGCUGAAGUGGAUGAGGAGUUUCAAUUUGACAUAGAUUGCGAAGAUGCUGGAUAUGACUAUAGUCCCAAAUUGAUUUCUCAGGACUUCAUGAACCGAAACCCAUUUCAUUUUCCAAUUGGAGGAAAUGGCUGCUUCCCACUUUCUAAACUAGAUGAAAGUAUUGAGGAAGAGGAAAGCGAGGAAGAAGAGGAAAAGAGCUUUACUUCUGUUCCUGCCCCAGCAAAUAACAUUACUACUAUGUCAAAGCUUUCAAUGUCUCUCAAGAAUACCAGCUUAGGUGAGAAGAAACUGAAAUUUCCAAAAUUUUCAGGAACAAAACCAGAAAAUGGCUAUCUGGCUGGUUCCUCCUCUGGACAUAGGAGCGCAAAUGAGCAGCUUCCUGCAAGUGUCAGCUUUGUGAAACUAGCAGAUAUGAUUGACGGCGAGUGGGCUUUGUUUCUAGAGAAGUUUGAAGAGCUGCUUUACCCAGCUUUUGCCAAGCGCAAGUCUAUCACCCUUGGUCAGAGGCAGAGACAAAGGCUUGGGACUUCUUGCCAGUUUUGAGUUUGAGGUAUUACUAUAUUUCCCCUAUGAGGAUGACUUAUGCCUAAAUAAGACUGCAGACUUAUGGAAGUGAUCAAGGAAUUCUAGCUUAGGAUGGUUUUUCUCCCUGAAGUCGUGAUAGAGCGGGAGUAGGGCCAUAGGAUGCUGUAAAUAUUUUUGGAGGCAGCCGGGUGGAAGGGCCGAGUAGAAUUGGUUGUAUCUUUCUUCUCGUUUACAUCUUCGAUUUUUUUUUUUUUUUUUUCAAUUUUUCCCCUUUCACUGCGUUGUGGAGUCACUGUUACAUAAAUAAAUAUGUAGAAUGAAAUAUGAAAAAAAGAAUGAAAAAUAGUUUUAUGUAAAUAUUGGAUAUGUUAUGAUUUCUUGCUCUUUUAA